GGCGAGCCGGCAGCCCCAGCGCGGACACUGACCGCCCAGCAGCCGUACCACCACGGACCCCGGGCUGGCAGAGACCGGCGUGGCCUCUCCUCCCCGUGAUGUCACGCUACGGAUGGGGCGAGCUCUGCCUGCCCCCUCCCCUCCUUUCCUCCCUCCCUCCCCGCCUCCCGCAGGAGCCGACACGCCGCGGCGCCGCCCUGCCCUCGCAGCCGCUCUGCCUCCCGCCCGCGGCGGGGUGAGCGCUCCGCCGGGCUGCAGAGCUCGUUGUGCAGAGAGGGCUGCGGGAAAAGACAUGGAAGCUCUCACGCUUCGCCGAGCCCGGGAAACGGCUCUCUGAAACCCACGUCGUGCCCGGUUACUUCCACUUGGACGACAUGAGCUGCAGCUCAGAAUAAGGCGGAAAGUUCUUCACCGAACCGAGGGAGGAAAGAUGGAAGUAAGCAAGGCUGGCGCUUACCUGGUCUGCCGCAAACAACGUGCUGCAUGAUUACAACGGCGGUGGGAAGAGAGGAGCGAGCUCCUGGAGAUGAACCCCACCACGCACAGUGCUUCUCUGAAGCUCUGAGGAGGAGCAGAAGCACAUCUGCAACAGUGCUGGAAGUUUUUAAACGCUGCCCUGAAAACACCGGAGAAAGCUGCGCAUCACAGCAAUUGAGGCUUGUAUUUCUGAUACACCAUUAUAAUGGUAAGCUCUAACUGCUCCACUGAGGACUCCUUUAAAUACACUUUAUAUGGCUGUGUCUUUAGCAUGGUAUUUGUUCUCGGCCUCAUAGCCAACUGCGUUGCUAUCUACAUUUUCACUUUUACAUUGAAAGUGCGGAACGAGACCACGACGUACAUGCUGAAUUUGGCAAUAUCGGAUCUGCUGUUCGUGUUUACCUUGCCCUUCAGGAUUUAUUACUUCGUGGUAAGGAACUGGCCCUUCGGAGACGUCCUGUGCAAGAUCUCCGUCACGCUGUUCUACACCAACAUGUACGGGAGCAUUCUGUUCCUGACCUGCAUCAGCGUGGAUCGCUUCCUAGCGAUAGUGCACCCUUUUCGCUCUAAGACUCUUCGCACCAAAAGGAACGCCAGGAUUGUGUGUGUGGCGGUGUGGAUCACGGUGCUGGCAGGAAGCACGCCAGCCAGCUUCUUCCAAUCCACAAACCGCCAAAACAACACAGAACAAAGAACGUGCUUUGAAAACUUCCCUGAGUCCACCUGGAAGACUUACCUGUCCAGGAUCGUUAUCUUCAUUGAAAUCGUGGGGUUUUUCAUUCCCCUCAUCUUGAACGUCACCUGCUCUACCAUGGUCUUACGGACUCUGAACAAACCGCUUACAUUAAGUCGGAAUAAAUUAAGCAAGAAAAAGGUACUCAAAAUGAUUUUUGUCCACUUGGUGAUAUUCUGCUUCUGUUUUGUGCCUUAUAACAUUACCUUGAUACUUUACUCUCUGAUGAGAACGCAGACGUGGAUUAAUUGCUCGGUGGUGACUGCGGUCAGGACUAUGUACCCUGUCACCCUAUGCAUCGCCGUUUCAAACUGCUGUUUUGAUCCUAUAGUGUAUUAUUUCACCUCAGAUACAAUCCAAAACUCGAUCAAAAACAACAGGUUCACCAGAACACGCGAUAACAGGUUCUCUGAAAUGCCACUGUCAGAAAACUUUCUGCAACACAGCUUUCAGACCAUAAAAAUGAAAAUAUUUGACAGUGACUCUCCAAGAUAAACUGUAUUAGGAGACUGUUGGGACUAAACUGGAAUUAGAAGCCUGCACGUUUCUUCAGCUGUGAAAAUAUAUUCUGGUCUGUAAACGUUACUUCUUCACAUUAGAAAAUGUUUAUGGUAAGACUGUAAAAGUGUUAACAGUACACAGAGAAAGUAUUUUAUGAAUUUCUAUCAGA